AAAUCUCCUCUUCCUCGACCAAAAGGAAAGGAAAACAAAUCACCCUAGAGUAUUUGGAUGGCAAAUCACUUUUGCAUCGCAAAAUCCUCAAAUUUCAAGACAGCAACUGCCUAUCUCUCGUCCCUGUUUCUAUAUCUGGCACACGCGUAGUUGGAGCUUUGAUGGCAUUUUGUACUAAUACAAAUCCUCACGUCCAAUCGGACGGCUCACAGCCCACCGCCAGCGGCGAAUCUACGCCGCCAGAUGAGCUAGCCAGCCAUAUAACCUAACCCUUCCGUGGCUCGAACGAAACCGCCCGACCCAUAUAAACUCGUGCACCAAAACCCCGGCCGCGUGUCCGAUCCAUCGACAAGCCGCCGCCGCCGCCGCCGCCAUGGGCCGUGUCAUCCGCGCGCAGCGCAAGGGCGCGGCGGGGUCGGUGUUCAAGUCCCACACCCACCACCGCAAGGGCCCCGCCCGCUUCCGCGCGCUCGACGUCGGCGAGCGCAGCGGCUACCUCAAGGGCCUCGUCACCGACAUCGUGCACGACCCCGGCCGCGGCGCCCCGCUCGCCCGCGUCACCUUCCGCCACCCGUUCCGCUACCGGCAGCAGAAGGAGCUCUUCAUCGCCGCCGAGGGCAUGUACACCGGCCAGCUCAUCUACUGCGGCCGCCGCGCCGACCUCAGCAUCGGCAACGUCCUCCCGAUCGGGACGCUCCCCGAGGGGACCGUCAUCUGCAACGUCGAGGGACGCGUCGGCGACCGCGGCGCCCUCGCGCGCUGCUCCGGCGACUACGCCAUCGUCGUCAGCCACAACACAGACAACGGCACCACCAGGGUGAAGCUCCCGUCCGGCGCCAAGAAGCUGCUGCAGAGCAACUGCCGCGCGAUGGUCGGGCAGGUCGCCGGCGGUGGCAGGACGGAGAAGCCGCUGCUCAAGGCCGGCAACGCCUACCACAACUUCCGCGUCAAGAGGAACUGCUGGCCCAGAGUGCGCGGCGUGGCCAUGAACCCCGUGGACCACCCCCACGGAGGAGGCAACCACCAGCACAUUGGCCACGCCUCCACCGUCCGCCGCGACGCUCCGCCAGGUGCCAAGACCGGCCAGAUCGCCGCGCGGAGCACUGGUAGAGGGCGCAAGGGCCAAAAGACCGCCGGGACCGCCGGCAAAUCUAUGUUAUGAGAUCUCGCGCGCAGAUAUAUUUGCUUAUUAGUUCGUUGGUUUUUGUCGUCGUUUGAGAGGGAUAGUUAUCAAAAGUAGGGUUUUGCUGGAUUAAGUACGCUGUCGAGUACAAUUAUUAAUCAACCUUCUCCUUUUAGCUCGUUUAA